CAUUCCCAGAGAAGUAACACUUUCUUGUUCCUUUACGCCAGUAAGCACUAUUUCAGCAUUUACUGGGGUGAAUAAUGCAGCGGUGGUAAGUAAAAAUUUAUGUAUGUUGAAGGAACAUGCAUUACAUUGAGACAAUUGUCUCAUUCAAAAGCGAUAGCUGUAAAUGAGACAGUUACCUCACUCUGCAGGCCAAAAAGAGCAGUUCAUUAUGAUUUUUUUUCCACAUUUACCUGCUUCUUCUUACUACACUGCUUCUUCACACCCACUCCAGUGGGAUACUGAUCUAACCAAGCAGUGUCCUAUCCCUAGGAAUGCUGGAAAAGUGCAUUGGACAUGUCUGGCACACUUACACAUAUGCAAUUGGAAGAUCUAUUCACCUUGCAAUAUCUGACGGGGUGAGAAGACAGUUGUAUGAUCAGUGUGAUUCAUGUAGUGUAAGCCCCGGUGUCGGGUAUCUCUCUCUCUUGUUGCUGUAUAGUGAUGCCCUCAUUUCUGUCAUUACUGGACUGGUCAGAAACUGAGAUAAGUGGGAAGAAGAAAAUGAGUGGAGGCUGAAACUCCCUCAGUUGACAGGCGUGCCCAACAAUGCAAUCUGACCAUGUCUUUCUUUAUUUUGGCUUGUAUAUUAUUAUGUGAAAAGUAUUUGGUUGCUUUGAAAAAAAAAGAAAAGAUAAUUGUAAAGUGAUGAAGAUGCAAGUCACUUUAAAAACAUACUAGCUUGCUUGCACAGCACUCCCAUGUUGCAGUGUCUCUGUGGUCCAUUGGUGCCUUGAGUUUGCACAUGUGAAUAUUCUCGAGCAGUGUUGAACGCAUGCAUUGUGCAAACUGAAAGAGUUAACACUGCAAGAGCUAACCAGUUUACACACUUUCUAAAUAUAAGAAAAACUAGGUAACCCAGGAACUUAUGCAUGGGGGUGCAUCAGAUUCAUGGAAUGUCCCAAUCCCAAAAUUCUUAGCAUACAAUAAAGUGCUGGAAGAGCCAUGCACACUCAAGUACUUAGAGAAAGAUUUAAAUAAAAAAAAUAAAAAAAUUAGGCUAUACAGAUACUUCCAGGGGAAACCCCUAUGGCAUAGUGCAAAACAACUCCAAAAAUGUGCAAAAUAAUCACCCAUCACAAAGGGACCAAACAAUAUUAAAAAAAACAAGCUGCUACCUUAUGGACACCCAGGAGUCUCAAAAAAAAAAAAAAAAAAAAAAAGAAUGUAAUGAUAAUGCAAUUCCAUCACCUAUCCUAUCAAAGCAUACUAGUAUCUAUGCAUAUACAGUCCAUGUGACCUUCCAUCUCCAAAGUCCAUGAUAUCCAAUAAAUCUGUUGUAGGUCUGAAAAUAGAUGAGAGCACAAUACUGAUCAAAAUAUACAAUAUAAUGAAAUAAAGAAUACUCAUACAAUACAAAAAAUAAGAAUCAAGUUAAAUGAAGUACCAUAAAAUCAUGGAUAAUAAAAAAAAAAAAAAAAAUGACAGUAAUCAGUCACUGCUGUCCAAAAAAAAAAAACAAACAAACAAAAAAAAACCAGUAUAUGCAUGCAACAAUGUAACAGAAAAGGAACAGUGUAGCAAGAAAGUGUAUUAAGUACUACAAGAAAGAUACACCUAUGGUUACAAUCUAACACUCUUUGCCAAAUACUUUAGUACUUAGCUGAAAGUAAAUGUAAAUAAAGUACAUUAAAUCUUCUUAAUCAGAUGAAUCACUUUAAACCAUAAACUAGAUAGUGAUAUAUAGAUAUAGUAAAUCAGCAUCUGUAUGAUCUAAAAUGCAAACAGACAUUCCACAGUGUAUUCUGUGUGUAAAAACUAUUUUAUUGAAAGGUGAAUUAAAAACACCCACAAUUUACCGGUGAGUCAACGCCUCUCAGGGAACUAAGUCCCUCCAAAUGUCCAGAUGCAGCUCCAAAAACAGAAGGUGAUGAUGUGCAGAAAUAAGUCCCAUCGAUCAGAAACAGGCGUGCGUUCCAGCACUCAGUCCGACAAGUGCUUGUCUCACUUUGGUGAAAAACGGUCCGUUGAGCAGAUGCUCCUUGCAUAGCCACUCUCUGCCUUACACAUUUUGUGACCAGACAUGUCACUUAAUCAGAGACACACACACACACACAUAUAUACAUAUAUAUAUAUAUACAUACACACACACAUAUACAUAUACAUAUAUACACACACACACACACCCUUUUUAAUGGAUUGAUUAGUGGUUUUGUUAGAGAAACACUACUGUCAGAUUUUACUCACCUUUUCUCCUAUGCCGCUCAAAAUGCCACGUUGCACCAAUCAGCAUCUCCUCACAGAGGUACAUUGAAUCAAAGCAUCUCAAUAGGGAGCAUUCAAGCAUCUCCAUGCAGAGUGUAUAGACAGUGAAUGCCAAUGCUGCACUAUUUUCAGCACUGGACUAGAAAGUACCUCUAGGGGGCAUGGCUAGCAGAGCAGCACACAGGAUGUUUUUAUGUGGAGCUCCUGCUUCACUAAUCUACAAUUGACCCAAAAAGCCACGAAUACACCAAACUGAGACCCAAAAACCAAGCAGUAACAAGCAUUAGACCCCCUACAGAGAUGGGGAAGUAAAACAGGAAAGCCGCCCGCCUAGUGAGCUCACACCAACCUGACAUCAGGCGAUCUUUUGAAAAGCCGCAGCAGGCUCCACAGGCCAAAAUGGCGCAGGGUAGGCCCCGAAACGCCAGCGAGUCCGACUCGUCUAUGGAGGAGGAGAACUUCCAGAACGCGACCCCGGCCACCGCAUUAUACAAGUUGGAGACGUCGGACUCUGACGACUCACCUUCAAUAAAGGGCGACAUCAAAAAGCUCCUCCUAGACCUCCGGGAGAUGUGGAAAUCGGACUUGGCCGGUGUGAGGACAGAAGUAACCGACAUGAAGGGGCACCUGGAGGCAGUGGAAACCCGAGAAGGCCAAAGAGACACCUUACUGACCGACUCCAGAAGGCAAAUGGACACACUGACACACCAACUCCAAAAACUCACCCGCUCAGUUACGGCGAUGGAGACACGCCACCGCAGAAGAAAUGUCCGCAUACACGGAGCUCCUGAAGACAUAGGCCCAGAGGCCUUAUUGGCCUAUGCAAACAAUGUGGCAGUGACAAUGGGGGCAAAAAAGGAGGGAUAAACAUGGCCGAUUACGGCAGCGUUCAGAAUCCGGAAAGCCCCGACUGCCCCAGCGGACGCACCGAGAGACAUCAUAGCCGUUACCAAAGAUGUCACAGUCAGGAAGACCCCCACCGUCACCGUGGACAACCACCACGUGCAAGUUUUCACUGACAUCCCAUUCACAACCCUGCUGGAGCGGAGAAAAUUUAUGCCAAUCACCCACCAACUGAGAGACAAGGGCAUCAGAUACCGGUGGGGAGCAGCAGGCACGCUAGUGGUCCCACAAAAGGACUCAAUCCUCACACUGUCUGCGGACGGAAACCCGGAAGGAUUCAUCCAGGCCCUCCAGCUGCAGCAACAAGUACCCACGGAUGGGGCGGGCAAGACCGAGAACUAGGAGACUGAGAACCGAGAGAGCAACACUAGGGCGGAGGGGAAGAGGAGCAAACAGCACUCAAUCCCCUACAGACCUGAACUGGCAAAAGGCUAACCCACGAUACUCACCAGGUGACACUCACUACAAACCAACUACACAGACGAUAAUGGCAGGCAAAGAAACUGCCCAAGACUACAAGCUCUAUGCCCAGACUGAUUUGCCAAAACUAUACUAUGAAGGUCAUGUAAGUGACCCCAAAGUGCUUUUUCAUUUAUUUAUUUUUUUAAAUACUCACAUACCUACUGGCCUAAGGCUCUACACUUUUACACCCUAAAGACGGGGAAGAGGGAAGGGAGCAGAGGGAAGGGACCAAUACCACAAAAGUGCAGGAUGUACCACCUCAGACACAAUAACUGCCCCUCUAGCUCAUGGAUGCUGCAGACACUGUUAAUAUCGAGAUUGUUAUAUUUUAGGUUCUUUUCAACCAUAUGACUAGAUGCCACCCCCCUUAUAUGUCGGGACUCCUGAUUAUUAAUAAUGACUGUCACUGUAAUGUCCACAGAUUUAACCACAGCAAUGCGGGGCUCAGCACCACGACCUACAAUAUAGUGCUCCUCUGACAUAAAUUUUACACUAUUAAUUUAACACCAGGCUGCUAUUCUAUUCUGUUGACCUAGCAUUAGAAUACUCUCACUCCACUAGAGGUACGAACAGGGGAUAUUCAGGAGUGUACACAAAUUUUAUAGGUGUCGUCGCCGCUGUUUGCUAAAGUGUGUAUUCUAACUCUAUAUGAGCGGUUUACAAACGACACCUGUGGCCAUAGUAAGACCCCACAUAAGAUCAGCACACCCAACUGAAGGACUACACCAUAGGCUCUAUAAGGGUCACCAAUGGGAUGAACCUCAGCCCUUUAUUUUCUUAUUCCUGUUUUCACUCUGUCCUGGGAACUCACGCGAGCGGCCAGUAUGCUUUAACCCCUACAGGGGGGGGCAAACGAGAAGUGUCAUACGGACCACUUUGGGUGUGCCUAAGCUGCCAGCAUGUUAACCCAAAUAAUCAAAAUCCCCAAGGGGCUGAUAGCCUGACACUCCAAGCUGCACAUCCAGAGUCCGGCUUACCAGCUGGCAAGACAUGUUAACUGAGUAAACCCUAAGCCCUCAUGAGUCGAAAGUAAGUUAUACGGUAAUAUACACCUUAAGCCCGCUAGAGCUGCUAACUUGAGAAGCCAACCCGAUAUUCUCGAACCCACACGGAAUGCCAAAGAGUUACAGUGCACUGCACACCAUGAGUCCACAUAAGCGGCGGGUGAGAUAUACAGAUUUGUUUUAUUACAGCCCCCUCCCAGUACUUGUCACUGAGUGCACUAGAGAAGCUAGCAUGUUCAACCAAGAAAAACCCAUGUUUAUUAUUAUGUUUAUUAUUAAUUAUUAUUAAUAUGAGGUUUUAUUUGUAUUCCUUUUAUCUACAUGUAAUGAAUGUAUGUAAGCUACCAUCAAAACCAGUGGGACUCUUCCCACCACAAAAAUAAAGAAUUAUAAAAAAUAAAAAAAUAAAAAAAGAAAAAAAAAAAAGAAAAAAGUACCUCUAGUGGCCGUCUGAGUGGUUGCCAUCAGAGGUGUCAAUAGGCACCAAUGCAAACAAGUUCCCAUUCUUAAUUCUCUCUAAACAAAGCAUGAAGACUAGAAAUAUAUAAAAAAAAUUCCCCAUUAAUGGGCCUAUUCCAUGGGCAUGAGUUUGGAGCUUCAGUUCUAUUAGCCCCUAUGUUAAUCCGGCCCUGCAUGCAAACACAAAAACUAUAUGGAGAUCAUGAAAAAGAGGGACAUUAGGAUAGAAAAGAAAACAGAGGGAUUUGGGACCAAAAUUAAUUGAAUUUAAAGGAACGCUAUAGGGUUAGGAACACAAACAUAUUCCUGACCCUAUAGUGUUAAAACCACCAUCUAGCCCCCCUGUUCCUCCCUAAAUAUAGAAAAAUCUUAUCCUUACCUUUAUUCCAGUCUGCUGCUGCUGACUCUGUCCCUGAUCUGCCUGCUUGGCGGACAUCAUCAGAAGUUGUUCUGAGCCAAUUGCAAUGCUUUCACAAAGCAUUGAAAAUCAUUGGAUUGGCUGAGAAUGUCAUCAAGGCAGAUCAGGGGCAGCACAAGCCAAACACAGCCCUGGCCAAUCAGCAUCUUCUCAUAGACAUGCAUUGAAUCUAUGCAUCUCUAUGUGGAAAGUUCUGUGUCUCAAUGCAGAGGGUGAAGACACUGAAUAGCAGUCACGUUGUGCAGCACUGCCCCAGGAAACACAUCUAGUAGCCAUCUGAGGAGUGGCCAGUGGAGGUAUCCAUAGGCUGUAAUGUAAACACUGCAUUUUCUCAGAAAGGACAGAGUUUACUGCAUGAAGCUGUAGUUGUUCUGGUUACAAUAGUGUCCCUUUAAUUGAAAAUGAUACCAUUUUGUUUUCAUGCAGGCUGUAUCACUCACUGGCAGUGGAGGUGUGGCUAGAGCUGCAUAAACAGAAACAAGAGAUUUAAAGGGACACUAUAAUCACCUGAACAACUUUAGCUUAAUGAAGCAGUUUUGGUGUAUAGAACAUGCCCCUGCAGCCUCACUGCUCAAUCCUCUGCCAUUUAGGAGUUAAAUCCCUUUGUUUAUGAACCCUAGUCACACCUCCCUGCAUGUGACUUGCACAGCCUUCCAUAAACACUUCCUGUAAAGAGAGCCCUAUUUAGGCUCUCUUUAUUGCAAGUUCUGUUUAAUUAAGAUUUUCUUAUCCCCUGCUAUGUUAAUAGCUUGCUAGACCCUGCAAGAGCCUCCUGUAUGUGAUUAAAGUUCAAUUUAGAGAUUAAGAUAUUAUUUAAGGUAAUUAUUUAAGGUAAAUUACAUCUGUUUGAAAGUGAAACCAGUUUUUUUUUCCAUGCAGGCUCUGUCAAUCAUAGCCAGGGGAGGUGUGGCUAGGGCUGCAUAAACAGAAACAAAGUGAUUUAACUCCUAAAUGACAGAGAAUGGAGCAGUGAAAUUGCAGGGGAAUGAUCUAUACACUAAAACUGCUUUAUUUAGCUAAAAUAAUUUAGGUGACUAUAGUGUUCAUUUAAUUCCUAAAUGGCAGAGAAUUGCACAGUGAGUCUGUAGGGACAUGACCUGUACACCCAAACUGCUUCAUUAAAGCUAAAGUUGCUUUGAUACCUAUAGUAACCCUUUAAACUCUUCAUUAUCAAUACCAAUUCAUGCCAGCAAUAGCAGGUUGCAAUAGACAGAUUAUGAACAAUCAUGUGACAUUCUCAGCUAAUCACCGCUGUCCAUUGCGGAUUGCACUAUUGCUUCCUCAUGUCUCUCAUUUAGCACUUAAUUAUUAUAAAAAGGUGAAUGGAAUGUAAGCACUAGGGUUGCCACCUUGCUAGUAUUUUACACAGCCAGUAUUUAAGGCUGUCUGGUUGGUGCCAGUAUUGCAAAAAAUACCAGCCAUGUAAUGGCCGGUAUAUUUCUCUGAUCAGACUCUGGGUAACUGAUGAGAGAAAUGGAGCCAAAAGUUCCACCACUAUUAUACAUGAAAGGUACUCACAUUGCGGUUUGCAAACGAUGAUACAUACAUACUUUCACAUGUUAUACCCACACUUAGAUGAUAUAUACAGACAAUGACAGACACACACACACAAUGGUAUACACAAACUACUAUACACACACUUAUUCAGAUAGUAUACACACAGACUGCUUCAAGUACACAAUGCUACACGUACAGUCAUAGUACACACAUUGUAAGUAAAUACAAAAAGAAAAGUCCUGCGCUCACUCCCAUCACUCCUGGGCGGCAGCAACGACCACAGUAUACAUCAGCUCCAAUACAUAUAGUAAAAACCAAAGGAAAAAAGCUACCUGCGCUCUCUCCUUAAUCCCUAUGUAUAUUUAAACAAAUGGAGGUCAUUUAGUUACUCCAAUGGCCACUGGAGGGAAUGCCCAUCUGCCAACGUCAAGGCAGCUCCCUCCCCCUAGAUGGGUCCUACUCUAACCCUUUACCUUGCUUCCUUGAGCUUCUGGCAAAAAUAUCUCUAAUGAGACAGAAAGGGGUAUUUUUUUAAAUACACCCCUAUAUAAUACGUAUUAACCCUAAAUAGGGAACACAUGGGAUGGGCGGCAGCAUUUUAACCUAGCUAUGUGAUACAAAAAGUGAAUAAAAAUACAAAAAAAAAAGUCCUGCGCUCACUCCCAUCACUCCUGGGCGGCAGCACACAUUGUAAGUAUUUAUAGGUGAUUUAGGAAAUGAUCCCUUUGCAACUAUUUUUUAUUUUUCUCUUAUUAUCUCUCCCUGAGAUGUUACAUAACAUCAGGUGAUAUUGUGUCAUGUGAUGUCACAUAUAUAAAAUUGAUUAUGCAAGUUAGCAUUUAAAAAAAAAAAAGUGGCAACGCUAGCAGCACCAGAAUUGGACUUUAGACAAUAUAACCACUUCAAUGUGAUGAAUGUUAAAGAUGUUAAAGUGCCUAUAGUAUCCAUUUAAGCAAGUCACAUUUAGAAUAAAAAGUCACAACUGUGCCUUUUUUAAAGCUAAUGCACACAACCAAUACAACUAUCUUUAUACAUGUACAUAGGAUGGCUACCAAAAAAACAGUUAACUGUGCAUGCUGUUAGAAAUAGCCAUAUUUAUUUUUUAAUAGAUAAAUCACUGUCUUCUUUUUUUUUUUUUCCAGUCAGGCCUGGCAGGUUAGGAUGGUAGAGUAGUACACAUUAGAGUAAAAAACACGCUUCUCUUUUAAGGCUCCAUUUGUACAGCCAUAUUUACGGAGACCGCUCCAUAGACUUCCAUGCUUGCUGAUCUCCGACAAAAUGGCCACUCUAACUGGAUUCCCGCUGUGCCCUUGGAGACACCUCUGCGAAGUUCUGCUUUAUUGAAAGUACAGUAGCUAGCAUUGCGAACCUUCCUCAGUAAGUCACUUCGGUCCGCCUCAGUCACCGCCCAGUCCGGGUUACGUGGCAGCGCUACCGUCAGCAGUACUUCGGCGGACAUAUUUCAUGCCGGGCGGCCUGUUGGACAACGUAAAGGGGCGUGAGAGAACGGUCAGUGCAACACUACUACCGGGCUCUGAUAUUGGCACCUACCGCACAGAGACCACCACUCUGCAACAUUAACAACUCACUGCAGGGUAAGGUCAAAGGUGAGAGUGGGCAGUAGGUCAACAUUGGUCACAGAAGCGGUGUAUGGCCACCUGCAUGCAUAUAUUUGUACAUUUAGAAUAUAUAUUUAUAUAUAUAUAUAUAUAUAUAGGGAUAUAACCUGUGGCUGCUUUUAGAUUUCAACCUCUUUCAUCCCCAGUGUACCAGUAUACUCCCCCAAGGAUGAUGAACUUGAUCUUUUAAAAGGCUUUGGUUGCCCCUACAUGACAGAUAAGUGGUUAUAUGUAAAUAGUAAUUCUGUAGCAAAGCUCUAAAAGUGAAGCAGUCACCAUGGAAACCAAUGGAAUGCUCCCGCAGACUGUUCCACUGUUAGAACUUUGCAGCAGAGUAACUCUGUAUACAUGAACCAUACAUUGCUCGCGUUUGCCAUGGGUGAGAGUGCCCAUUCUUCCAGUAUAUCGCUAUGACAGGGACAUAAGCUGAACUGUAGCUUUUUCCUUUUGUUAGCAUUAGCGUAUCUGCGGUUUGUCAGUGACACUGGGUAAAUUUGGCUAGCACUCAUGCAUAUAUAUGAUAAUGUGCAGUAGUUACAUAGUCUGUGCAAAGCCUGCAUCUUUAUAAUGUUGAAUUACAAUUUGUGUGGGUGGAGCAUUUGACGUGGCCUGGAAAUUUUUUUUUUUUUUGUGCUUUAUUUUUAAGGUUGCCGACUCCUCUUAGAGAAAUGGUACCUUCACAAUGAUCCUGCAACCCAUUAAGCCAAAUGCACUCCAGAAAAAAUACGGUUAUUCACUGGAUUGCAAAGAUUCUCAUACAGCUAUUAUGUUUUCAGAUUGACUUUCUGGCCUAAAUUCUUUCAAUUCUCAGUUUACUAAAUAACCAUGAAAUGUGUCUACAGUUUUUAAUGUUUUAUUAGGUUAUUUGUUACACAAUAGCUGUAUUCUUGUCUUAAUAUUUCCCACAAAGCAUACCUUAAUUGGAAAUGUUAUGCUUAAUGUACCCUACAUAUACACUCCAUUCUCAAAAUGGUUAAGAUCAGCAUCGAUUUGUAAAAAUCACUACAGCUCUAAAAGAUCUAGUCAGAGCUACUAGAAAGCUGGAACACUCACUUCGGAGUACCCAUUUUAUUUGUCCAACUUCUAGCUGGUGUGUGAGUAUGCACAGAAUUGACUGCACUAUCUUUCUUCCCAUGAGAGCGAGCUUAGCUCCAUAACUGUUAGACUAAAACCCAUUUAGAGAUCAGUUCCACUGCUAUAAGAUUGGACCACAUACAUCAGAAUGAGAUACUGUUGAAAGAAGCAUCUCUUCCUAGUUUGGUUCCUGCUAGCUGUAGCAGAUCAAUAAUAAACAAACAAGGAGCCAUAGCAUAUUUUACUUUUGCAUUAUUUGCAAAAUGUUAGUUAAAAUACAAGUUGUUACUGUAGUCAAGUCAUAGCAUUUUUCCAAACUAGCACUUUUUGCUCAGAUUUUCACUACAGAUAAUUGUAUAAAAGAGGUUAGAACAUUGACAUGAUAUUUGAUAUGAGAUGCUGUAUUUCUGGUCAAAUUCUUUUGAUAUGCAUUAUUAUUUUUCUUCUUCCAGUACCCGGUUUCAGAAAAUGAUGGAAGAGAGUGGCAUUGAGACAACUCCUCCUGGUACUCCUCCUCCCAGCACUUUAGGGACCUCUGGUGCAGCAGCUGCUACAGCCAUUGCUACUCCAAUACCACCAGGUAAAUUCUUUAUCCCUAAGCAGCAGUAGUUUCCUGCAGACCAUGAUAAUCAUUGAUUCUAUAUUGCAAUAAAAAAUAUCUACUUAAAUACGUUUUGUAUGUUAUUUUUGGAUCCUCAAAUUAUUUACCACACAUGAUAAUAUGGAAAUGGAUUUUACAAUGCAUAUUAUUGAAUUAACAUGAUUUUUUUUUUUUGCUUUGAUUUACAGUUUUAUCCACUCCCUUGGCUGCUACAUCUGCAUUUUCACCGCGUCCAUCUGUCCCACCUCUUACAUUCUCUACACCUCUACCACCAUCUUCAGUCCGACCCAUGGUACCUUCUGAGCCUUUGCCAUUUGUUUCACCUCUUCCUGUCACAGGGGGGCUUGGACUUCCUCUUCAUACCUCUGUACCUGCAGCCUUUAGCAGCCCACUUCCAGUAAUGUCCUCCCCUUCUAUUUUUCCAUCUACUCCUCCUCUCAGCUCUACCCCUGCUCCUGGCUUUUCUGCACCACCUAUUGGUCCUCCUGUCACUGGAUUUUCAAUGGCUUCAACUUACGACAUCACUAAAGGUCACGCAGGGCGGGCUCCACAGACACCACUGAUGCCAACUUUUUCUGCACCCCCUGUCACAGGUUGUACCUUCUUUUUUUCUGUGGUUUUAUCCUAAAUAUAUAGACAGAUUUAUCAUCAACUGUUCUUAUAACAUGCAUUACUAUAAAACAAAUAUAGGGUGCUGUGCAAUGGUAUGGCACACAGUUAAUCUAUAUAGCUUUUUCUUACCAUGGAGUUGAAAAUGUAUUAACAUUUUUCUAGACAUCGAAAAGAAGUUAGGUGCUUACUCAUACAACCUAUAAUCAUAACCUUCUGCCCAAUGGAAAGGACAAUGUUAGUGUAUGAUGCAAUUAAUUUUUCAUAUUCUUGAAGAUGAGAACAAUGCAUUUUUAAGUAACAAAAUAUAUACCUUUUUUAGAAUGCCAACAACGCAAUGCAGGAUAUUUACUAAACAGGAAAUUGUGGAUAAUUGACAUGGGAAUUGCUGAAUGCCUGUUGUUGUGUUUUUUUAAAGCCACACCAAUGGCUUCCAUAAAAUGGGACCGUGCCCAAAUCCUCUUUGCUCAGUCAUGACUGCAAUGAGUUGAAGUGCUGAUUUUGAUACUGAGUGUCCUUUUUAAGCACUUAUGCUACAAGGUAGUCCUAUAGUAUUACAAAGUAAAACGUAAAUAACCUAAUCAAAGCAACAAAUACAUGUGUCUUACAAAUGAAAGCAAUCUUCUAACAUCAUUUUAGACAUCUAGAAUUUUUUUUUUCUUCUUUACGUGCACUGUUAGAAAUUUAGAUACUUUUAGCUAUGUUUUGGGUAUUGUAAACUGCUUGCUUCUAGAAAUCUAUUUUUAUAUAUAUAUAUAUAUAUAUAUAUAAAAAAAAAAAUUAAACUGGAAAAGGGAGUCUCUGGACUUUUUGCUAUGUGGCCAUUGUUUUGAGCUUUACUAUUUUUGGUGUUUGAUGUGCCCCUUUGAUGCGUCCUGUUUUCUCAGUUAUACAUGUUUACAUAUCUAGAGAACACAUUCUGUGCUGUUUUGCAAGUCAUUUUAUUAGAAGUGAUAUUACACUUGUACAUUUAAAAAUUAUUAUAUUGUCCAUCUGUCCCAACUGUAGAAUUCUGUCCCAUAAAUGCGAUGCCCAUUUCCCCUCUAUUAUAUUCAUCUAGCAGUAAAUACUUUUAAAGUAAAAUUGAGCCAUGGAUAAGAUAAAACAAAUAUAAUUGGACACAUAUAACUAAGUAUUCAUCGCCAAUACAAAAUACUGAGAUUCAUUUAAUUCUUACCAGGGACCACUAUCAAAUAACGUCAAUGGGAUUUUACUCAAUGUACACUAACUUUUUACAUAUAACGACAUUUUUGCAUUCACUGACAAACUGCAUAAAUGUAUUCAUGCAUUCAUACAUGCACCCCCACAUGAACUUAUCAUCUACCCGUAUGCACGUCUAUAUUUGCAUAAACAGACAUUCCUCAAACUUCAUCCAGCCCGGUGAAGUUCCUUGUGGGCAGAUACUUUUCUUCUUGAUAUCAUCCAUAUUUAGUCCAGAUUAGUGCUUCUCAUGGAGAAGUACUGGGCAUGUGCAGCAAUUACUGUGUUUAGCUAAUCGGAUGCUUCUCCUAGGCUUGCAUGAUGAUGUAUGUCCCCAAAUGUGAAGACUUUUAAAAAUAAUAGCCCCAGUGAGCAAGCACUUGUACUUUGUUAACAUUGCCCUUACUCAUUGUCACACAAGGGACAGCGUCUGGCAGCAAAACAACAUCAUUAAGAUUAAAUGGUUUUGUUGUCUAGACCUUUUAUUCUUCCUGGUUCAUUUGUCAAUUUAAAAUCUGCUUAAAUGAACACUAUAGCAUUAGGAAUACAAAACUGUAUUCCAAACACCUUGGUCCCCACUCCCUCACCUUUUCUUUCCUAUGAGCUGUGUAUGGUCACAUGACCAAGUUUUACUUGGUUGUUCCAGAGGAAGUGCCUAUAGUGUCUGGAAGACCGCUAAAAAAGGUGUGUUUAACCCUACAAUGUAAACAUUGCAAAUUCUACAAAACUGCAAUGUUUUGUAAAGGGACACUGCACCCAGACCACCUCAUUAUGAUGGCAUGAUAGGGGAUACUUUAGUGGUGCUUUACAUUAUAUUGUCUGGUUUAUUGGUUGCAUGUGGGGUUUAUUAAAAAUGUAAGAAAUUAGGUGAGCAUGCAAUGUGAUCACGGCUUUACAAUCAGAUGCCAGGACUUAUAAAAAUCUAUUUGUUUUUACUUUCGUUCUCAAUACUUACAACAAGUGUAGUAUUCUGCCAUUUCCUGCUAUGUCUUUACUUGAGCAUCGUUGUUUAUACUGUUUGUAUGUAUGUAUGUGUCUGUCUCUCCCUUCUAGAUAUAGUGUCUUUUUAGAACAAUGCAACAGAUCCCAUACACCUAGCUGUACUGUUGAAAGCACCUUGUAUUUUUGUUUUGGCAAUCAGUCUCCAUCCGUUAAGUUUAGAUCCAAGCUUAAACUUUGGUUAGCCACACAAUCUGUGGCUACUGUAAGAACUUAAACAUGGUUUCAUAUAUGUAUCCGUGCUUGCUUAGGACUGGUAACAUAAGCAGACAAUCCUUCUAGUUGUGCAUUGGCAAGGCUUACAAUAUGCCAUGGCAUGAUUUUUAAUUGAUAUACUGAUUUUGGAUAUAUGUAUCAGCUGGUGAAUGUCUUUUAUAGUUUUGUUAUAUAUUUUUGUGAUUGAACUUGCCUUGAGUUUAAUGUUUGGUUUUCUCUUUUAAAAGUUAUGCCAAACCCUGUCACUCAACAAGCGGCUCCUUUAGCUAGGGGUGGAUCUUCCAUUACUUUCCCAGAGGAACCAGAAGACCCAAGAGUACACGCUGCACACACAGAAAUACCUGCUGGAGGCAUCUGGGGUUUCAUUAAGGUAAGUAUUGCCUUUGCUUCAAAAUAUAAUGCAUCUUUUUUUUGCUUGCUAACCCCAACAAAAGUGUUUAACAGAUUAUUGGUUGUUUUUGUGAAAGCUGUAGCAGCUUUUAGUCCUAUAGUAGUCAAACAAACAGUGUAUUCGUGGUAGUAUGAUUUGAAAUGCUGUUACAGUUUGUUUUUCACUCAAGGUUUGUGAAUACAUAAAGAACAUUUUUGCUUUAUAUUGGAAAGCUGGCUCAGCUGUUUGAGUGCAAAGUGCCAGUUUCAUUCCCUUUAGGUGUGUUUUUUUUUUUUUUUGUUCCCUAGUUUUAUUAGGCAAUUGCUACAAAGUAAGCACUAUUAAAAUAGUGUAGCUGAAGACCUAUGUUAGGCCAUGGGUCUUUGCUGCCAUUUGCAUUGUCUAGCAUUAGCUAGAGGAGUAUAGGAAUGGAGUGCAGAUGUGCAGGUUGUCUGCGAUAUAUGCUUGCAUUGUAAAACGUGUGUUCAUUUUUAAGCUCAAGACUAUUUCUUUGUAGUUGAGCAUUUUGGUUUUCUCCCAGGUUAUUGUUAGUCUAAUUUAUAAUGUCAAAAAAUGGGUUGCUAUGCACCAUAACAACUUCAGCUCUCUAAAGCGUUUGUGGAGGAAGAACCUAGUCUGUGCAGAUUCUCAUCUUCAAACACUGCCAGACCCAUGAUAUUUGGCUGUUUUAACUGAGGUGUAACUCCACCUCUGCCAUUUGUCAGUCAGUGUUAACUGAGAGCUUAAAAUGGCCUUUUCCGCUAACCAGUGAGCUUGGCUAUGUGUAAGCUGAUGGCAGCCAUGCUGCUGUUAAAUUGCAGUGCAGUUCGUCUCACGUUUUAGUGAUGAGUGGAACUGCUACUGGCAGAUAAACUGUUUGGAUAAACGCAAACUCUAUCUUCCUGGUGUGAGCAGGCAAACCCACUAAACCGUGCAUAGAGGAAAACUUUUGAGGUAAAUUCUUGCAUUUACUUUUAAUUAUUUUGUUUGUUUUUUUUAAAACCAAAUACAUAUAUACUAAAUUUUUUUGUUGUUGUAUGUUUGGUUUUUACCCAUUAGGGAGUUGCUGGAAACCCGGUUGUGAAAUCGGUUUUGGAUAAGACUAAACAUUCAGUUGAAAGUAUGAUCACUACACUGGAUCCCGGAAUGACACCUUAUAUCCGUAAGCAGUUUUAUCACAUCUGUUCAUUCAUAUAUUCCAACAACGUUAGGACCAGAAAUGUACCAGAUAUGUGGCAUAAAUAAUCCCUACAAGAUGUGUCCUGCUGGGUUCACGUUCUAGUCUUGUGUACUCCUGCAAAUUUUAGUAAGAAGUACAUUAAUAUUUUACCUUCUAAAAUAUAUAUAUAUUUGCAUAAAAAGACUAUUUGAAAAACAAAAUCUGAAAUGGAGAGUUUUCUGGCUUGGCACUUGUAUAAGUUUUGAUAUUCAGUUUUCAGUUCAUCACAUUUGGUAUUUAGUAAAUAAAGCCACUCGUUUUCUUUUUAGAGUCACUCACUGAACUGCAAACACUGAAUUCCGUCGAAAUUCCAAAUUUUAGGCCACCAUUAAGGCCAGAUUUGGAAAAUCUUUUCCAGUUUCCAUCGGUUAUUUUCACCUUACAUCUGCAGUUCCCUGAUGAUUUGCCAACACUUUACGUUUUAGUUUAUUUGGGAGUGCAAACAUUACAAACAGUGGUGCCUUAUUCUAAUUUUUCUGGUGCCUAGCCACUGUCCUAGUCUUUAAAGUAGUAGAGGAUCGUAUUUCUUUUUUCUUACUCUCUUGUGUAAGCAGUAUUUCACUGUGUGUUACAAACUGAUUACUAGAAGAGUAGUGUCCUACUUGGUAUGUCAUUCGCUUAACCAUUUACUAACAUGCAUUAGAGCCAACCGUUUUCUUUUACUUUGUUAAUGCAUGUGAAUGCUCUAACCGACAGUCGUGUAUCUGAUCUGACUUGUGCUUUGCUCCCAUAGAGCACAAAGAUUAAAGAGAGAGAGUUUGCUUUGAAGGUAUAGUGACCUUUGCCUCACUGUGAAAAAUUCAGAGUUUAUGUAAGAUUAAGCAUACUCAGAUACUUUCCUUCAUCUUUAUUGGUAUAACAUAAGGUUGAGGUAGUGUUUUAUUCAGUUUGUGUCCUUGUUUUCUAGGUUCAGGAGGAGAGCUGGAUCUUGUGGUAACCUCUAACAAAGAGGUAAAGGUCGCUGCCAUUCGAGAUGCGUUCCAAGAGGUAUUUGGCAUGGCACUUGUUACAGGAGAAGAUGGCCAGUCUAACAUUGCUCCACAACCUGUUGGAUAUGCUGCUGGAUUAAAGGUAGUUUUUAAUUGAUAUAAAAAAAAGUUUUUACAUUACAGUGCUAGGCUUCCUUGUUAAAAUGAAAAUAAGCACUGCAGCCUAUGAUGGAUUCAUUAUGCUUGAUGCUUCUCUCAUAGAAACCUAUGGUACAUGUGCGGCAACUGCUGUGCUCAGCCAAUCCAGUUCUUCAAUCCCUGUCAUGGCAGUGCUGGCACAUUUGAGACGAGGUGAAUAGUAAUAUAACAGAUCCUAAAUGAUGCUUACAUUUUUGCCAAACGUUCAGGUGAAGCUGUCGGGUUCACUAAAAACAAAGCAAAAUUUUAAAUAAUCAAAAGUAAAAAAAAAAAAAAGGGGGGGAGGGAGAUGGGUUGUUGAAUCUGAAUCCAGUACUUUUCUAUAAGACACUUUAACUGUGUUUAGCAUUAUUCUCUACAUAAUGACGCAGAAUGCGAAGAAGGCACCAAACAAACAGUAUUGUCUUGUUACAGUGUGCAUACACAAGGAUAUAUUUAUAAUUCGAUGAAGACUACAUGUGAAACAAGAUCCCCUAAAAGAUUUUCACUUUUCAUUUCUAAUAACUAUUUAAAAGAAAAUUCUACUUGGAUUACUUGUGGGUCGUUUCCCUUUACAAGAACUGGGGAAAAAAAAAAAAAGUGAAUGUCACCUGACUGUUUUUAGGCUUAUAGUUCUAACUGAUGGUAUGAAGGGUAAGACUACAAGGAAGUGUAACAUCUGCCUUAGCCAUACCCCCAGAAGACCCUUGUUUAGUGUUAAACUGAUGUAAAAUGGUCCCUGAAUGGAGGCACAGUGCAAGGGGACUCUAGGUGCUAUAACCAAUUCAAAGAGCUACAUAAUUAUAGUGAGUACAGUGUCCCUUCUAUCUUUUUCUUUGUAUUGUUAUCUGUCUGCCAUGCUAAAAAGAAUAAAUAAAUAAAUAAAACCAAAUAUAAUUUAUAUACAAAAAAACUGAAGUCAUUUAACCCCUUAAGGACCAAACUUUAGGAAUAAAAGGGAAUCAUGACAUGUCAGACAUGUCAUGUGUCCUUAAGGGGUUAAACCACAACAGAGUGGGUGAGUGAAAGCUGGAUAGUAGGCAUGUAUCUUGUUUAAAUAAGUUUAGCUGGACCAGCACUAAAUGUACAUAUAUACACACAUGUGUCUCAAAACUAGAAACAAAAUAUGAGAAUGACUAGCCUUAUAAGGCUUCUCCACUAACUCAUAAUGGGAGUAUAGGGUCAUUCAGUAAAUUGCUUAAACUAAUAGUAGCUUUAUUAGACUGCUUGUUUUAGCCCAGGAUUUGCCCUGUCCCCAAUCUUGAUUAACCUGACAAAGGUGCACAUGCUAGUGCACCAAAACGCACGUAGGGCAUUAUGUUCUGAGUGGGUGUUGGGCACCUAUGCACUUGGGAUGUCUAUUUAAUAUAUACCGUAUUUAUCGGCGUAUAACACGCACUUUUUCUCCCUGAAAAUAGGGGGCAAAUUAUGGGUGCGUGUUAUACGCCGGACCUUUAAAUGCUGCAGCCGCCUGAGCGCUCUGUCAAGAGCGGUCAGGCGGCUGCAGUUGGUUCUCACCUCCCCUCCCCUGUAGCGUGGCCGAGCUGCUCUGCUGUCCGCGGUGCCCGGCCGGAGUGAUAGGAAGGUGCACGCUCAGUGUGCACCUUCCUGUCAGUCCGACCGGGUACAGGAAACAGAAACUCCUGUUCCGCGCGGAACAGGAGUUUCUGUUUCCUGUACCCGGUCAGACUGACAGGAAGGUGCACACUGAGCGUGCACCUUCCUAUCACUACCGCGGGCAGCACUUCAGUAAGGGAAAAAAGGAUGAGGGGGGGGGUAAGAAGGGGAGUAGAAGAGAGGGGGGUAGAAGAGGGAGUAGAAAGAAAUAGGGGGAGGUAGAAGUGGGGGGGGGUAGAAGGGGGGUAAGAAGAGGGGAGGAGGGAGUAAGAAAGGGGGGGUAAGAAGUUCUUUAUUUGAAAUGUAAGGUUUUUUUUUUUUUUUUUAAAUUUCCUUCUUAAAAUGAGGUGCGUGUUAUACGCCGAUAAAUACGGUAAAUGCAGUGUUUUCACUGCUUUAAUUAUUCGUUCAUUCUUUUUAUUCUGUCUCCACUAUCUAGCUAGGGGAGAGGCUUUUUAUUUUCCUGUCCUACACAAUUUCUAAUUAACCUUUGUUAGGACUGUAUAUUACUUCUUAGAUAUUGUCUAUUGGUCUUGGACACCCCCACCAAUAGGGUUUUUACUCUCACCCCAGUCUAUUUACAUUAAUCAAGAUUGGGGUCAGGGCAAAUUAGUUUAAGCAAUUUACUGGAUGACCCUAUACUCCCAUUAUGAGUUAGUGGUUAAGCCUUAUAAGGCUAGUCAUUUUCCUGUUUUGAGAGGUGUGUGUACGUGCGCGUGUGUGUGUGUGUGUGUGUACGCGUGUACGCGUGUACGCGCGCACGUGUGUGUGUGUGUGUGUGCGCGCGCGCACAUAUUUGGUGCUGGUCCAGCUAAACUUAACAGUUAUUUAAACAAGAUACUUACCUACUAUCCAGCUUUCACUCACCCACUCUGUUUUGGUUUGAGUGACUUCAGUUUGUUUUGGGGUUUUUUCAUUCUAUUCAUUUAUUCUAGGGUUAAGCCCUGCCGAUACAGCUGGAGUGUCUUUUACUGGUGCACAGAUCCUAAGUGGUGGUCCCUUAGGUAUCUGCUUAUUUGUUUGGAUUAUAUUUUAUAUACAAAAGAAAAAGGAAUCCAAUUUGCUCCUGUGUUUAGUUUUUUCUAGUUUUUUUUUAAUUUUUAUGUCAAAUGUGUUUUUACGUUGUACUAUAGGCUGAAAAAUGACUUGCAUGAAAGUUUAGCUUUUCUUUUUGCUGUUAAUCUGAAAUAAAGCAAAAAAAACACAAUUUUGAAGAGUUUUCCAAGUUUGUAACAACCUAGGAAUAAUUUUAUCAUGUUUGUUUCCAUAGGGGGCUCAGGAAAGAAUAGAUGGCUUGCGCAGGAGUGGCGUGAUCCAUGAGAAACAACCUGCUGUAUCAGUAGAAAAUUUCAUUGCAGAACUUUUGCCUGACCGGUAAGACACACGUCUUUAUGUAUUGCUAAACUAGAAGACUGCAAAAUAAUGGCAAAGCUUUUUGCCUAAGGUGCUAAUUGCCUGUCUGUGUUUUGGUGGCUUGUGCCUUGCUCAAAUGUUGUCUGUGCAUGCACUGGCUAGUUAUCAGCACGGAUAAUUGUUGCAAACUUAAACAUGUUUUAUGUUUAUGGAUGCUAGUUACAGGCUGUUCACUGCAGUUACAUGUGAAAUGUAAGGUGUGGUGAUAUAAGAUUCAGUGUAGUUAUGCAAGUGUUGUGCUGAAUGGGAUUUGUUAUUAAUAAGCUGCUCCCUUCAAUGGUUGUGAGAAAUGAGAAAAAAGGUUUGGCUGUUAGUUUCUGUUCAGUUGCUGGUGUUAGUGUAUGAAAUUAAAUUACUCUCUCUACCCUACAGAGACUAAGUGGCAAUUAAUGGACUGUUUGGAUGAUUGAUUUGUCUGUUAUAUUAAAAUAAAAAAAUUGUUUUAGUUCGAUACUUCAUCUUCAGUCAUCAUGACUAAUAUUGAUGAGGGCAAUAACCAUAUAUUGGGCCAAAGUACCUGUAAGUUCAGCCUCAUCAAGUAGAAUCCUGGUAUAAUCUAAUUUGGCCACUAUUCAAGGGAUCCUUUUCAUUUUGUUUAUAAUGAAAAUAAUCACAAAUGGGGGGGGGAACGGCUUUGACUUUUCAUGGUCAAAUAGAACCCAUUAUCUAACAUAACUAUCUUUUAGACAGUACAUUGUCCAUAAAGCUCUAUUUUAGAGCCAAUUCUGAUUUAAGACCUGCAUUUUUACUAUUGGCAGAGAUACUUAUGAACUGGGACUUAGCAGACUAAAUCAACAUGCUACCUGCAAAGAUGCUCCUGUUGUGCUGAACGCUCCUGGAGGAAGUCUCGCACCCAGUCAGACUUUCUCCAUUAUAGAUUCAUAUUGUGUUCAUACAGCUCAGCCCUUGCCCUUGCCAAACAGUCCUACUUUUCCUCUCUCAUUAAUUUAUGCUCCUGCAAUCCCAGGCAUCUCUUUGACACCUUUAAUUCUCUUCUUCGCCCUGCUGUGGCCACCCCCCAAACUAACCUUACUGCUGAUAACUUUGCAUGUUACUUUACUGAGAAGAUUGAACAGCUAAGGAAAUAAUUCUCCCCUCCUUGCCAUUCUGUUUCUAAACCACACAUAGAUAAUGCCUUUCCUACCCUUCAGACAUUCUCCCCGGCUACUGACCAAGAGGUGGCUGCUCUUCUCUUUUCCUCUCGCCCCACCACUUGCCCACUCAAUCCUGUCCCAUCUCACCUUAUUAGAUCUCUCUCCACUUGUCUCGUGCCUUCCUUAACGCACAUCUUCAACUGCUCUCUCUCUUCUGGCAUUGUCCCUGCUGACCUUAAACAUGUCACCGUAGUACCUAUACUAAAAAAACCAUCCCUCGACCCGUCCACUCCCUCUAUCGUCCCAUUUCCCUGCUCCCUUUUUCCUCAAAGCUUCUGGAAAAGUCUUUAGCCGUGUGUCUCAUUUCCUCAAUACCCAUAUCAGUCCAUCCUUGCAAGCGUGCUGUCUUGGCGUCAUACUUGAUUCUGGCCUCACCUUUGAACCUCACAUCCAGCAUGUUGCCAAAUCCUGUAGAUUCCAUCUUAAAAACAUAGCCCGCAUCCGCCUCUUUCUUACACAAGAUGCUACCAAUGAGCUUGUCCAUGCUCUAGUAAUUUCCCGCAUGGAUUAUUGUAACCCUCUCCUGUUUGGUCUUCUCAAAAGCCGUACUGCACCGCUACAGUCCAUAAUGAAUGCUGCUGCCAGACUGAUUUUCCUCUCUAGUCGGUUCUCUCACACCUCACCCCUCUGUCAGUCCUUACAUUGGCUUCCUGUAUGCUAUAGGAGUCAAUUCAAGGUACUUAUUCACACCUAUAAAGCACUGAACAACUCUAGCCCCUCUUAUAUCUCCUCACAGAUCCAUAGGUAUGUCCCUUCUCGGUCUCUACGCUCUGCCCGUGACCACCUUCCGUCCGUUGUCCGCACCUGUACGGCCAAUUCACACUUGCAGGACUUCUCGCGAGCAGCUCCCAUCCUAUGGAAUAGCCUGCCUACCGCCAUAAGACUCUCCCCUAGUCUUGCAUCUUUUAAGAAGUGCCUUAAAACCCAUCUCUUUAGGAAAGCUUAUGGCCUCCAAGACUAACCUCUACCUCACAAAGCUGUCUCUUGCUCUCUCCUAAAGGGCAGCACACCUUAUUUGACUGCAAAUUCCUGUCCUAAUGUGUUUUACACCCCACCUCCUAUAGAAUGUAAGCUCGAUUGAGCAGGGUCCUCUUCAACCUAUUGUUCCCCAAAGGUUUUUUGUAAUUGUCCUAUUUAUAGUUAAAUCCCCCUCUCAUAAUAUUGUAAAGCGCUAUGGAAUCUGUUGGCGCUAUCUAAAUGAUGAUAAUAAUAAACAAUACAACUAGAAUGUGUUGGAAAACUUGGAGAGUCCUCCUGUGGCUUUGAUUGAUCUUACACUGCUCCCUCUCUUCCUUUCAUUGUAUGUGAUAACCUGGAUUUUUAGAGGCUGUACAACGUCUUUAUCAAUGAUUCAAGAAAGUAAAUGUUAUAUAAUCUAUUUUUGUCCCCCUAAACAUAAGUGACUCAUAUUUUGUAGGUGGUUUGACAUUGGCUGUGUAAUUUUGGAUGAUCCUAUACAUGGCAUACGCUUGGAGACCUUCACACAAGCUACUCCUUUGCCUCUGGAAUACGUACAGCAGGUUAGUAAUAGUGUCUCAAUGGAAAAUGAGACAAAAUGAGAUUUCAUUUAAUAGUUUGCUGUUGAUCUUUCUUUACAUUUGAUUUUCAACAUAUUUGUUCAGUCAGAAAGCUUUAUAUCAUAAUUAAAUGGGACCAACUAUCUUCUUUAUGUCUCUAACCCUUUUAGAGAUUUGGCAAAUGGUAGACACAGUUGACAGUAUAUUGAUAUAAAAUCUCCAUAGGUUUCUAGAGGUUCAUCUAACUAGUGAAUCAGGUUUUACUUGUUGAAGGUGGAGUGCAUUUCAACCCACAGACUAUUACCACACAUUUGAUAAAUCUUUCUGCAAAACACUUAAAGAAAAUGAGCAACAAAUAAUUCUGCUAUUGCUUUGUCCAAAAUGAAAUAUAUGCGAUUUCUUUUGUACAAAUAUUUUUGUUGCGUUUUCUUUACUUUUUUUUUUUUUUUUUUAAAUGACCAUUUUCAAUUUCCCUUCUUUUGUAUGCUUUUUUUAAAAUUAGUUUUAUAUGAUUAUUUAUUUUAGGAUAUUUUUUUUAUUUUAUUUUUUUAUUUUUUUUUAAAUUUGUGAUUUUAAUCUUUUAAUUUUCUAUUUAAUUGUUCAGUUUUUUUUUUUUAAUUAUAAGACAUAUUUGAACUUUUGCAUUUAGGGAACAACCCCAAAGUUUUUAACAGGCAAUGUAAUUUUUAGAUAUUAUGAUUAUCAUAUAUUUUUUUCUUUAUAAGCUCAAAAUAUGAUAUGCAGUUGAAAAAAGGCAAACUUAUGACCGUGCUAUUCUCUGGGUAGACUGUAGGGGGUCUCUUUACCUUGUUUUAUGACCGAGAACACAAAAAUGCGGAACAUAAUACAACUGUCCACUGAAUCAAGGGGUUAAGAUGAAUGGGAAAAUCAAAAUCUAAAGAAAAAAGUAAAUGUGCAGGCAAGAUAAAUAACUUUUUUUUUUUAAUUGGAAAUCCUUAAAAAGACUAAAAUUGCUAACUAUUAUUAAAAAGUUCAUAGUUGCAUAGCUGAAAAGAGAUGUGUUCAUCAAGUUCAGGCUUCCUCACAUUUAUUUUUGCUGUUGAUCCAAAAGAAGGCAAAAACCCAGUCUGAAGCGCUUCCAAUUGUGCAACUAACUAGAAAAAAAAUCCUUAUUGACCCCAGAAUGGCAGUCAGAUAUCUCCUUGGAUCAAGACGCCAUUACCAAACUGAUUGAAAAUUAUAUUGCUAUAUAUUAUGUAUUUGCAAAUAUUUAUCCAAUUGCUGUUUAAAAAUCUGUAUAGACUCCAAUAAAACCACCUCUUCAGGCAGAGAAUUCCACAUCUUUAUUGUUCUUACUGUAAAAAAAACCUUUCCUUUGCCUUAGACUAAAUCUCCUUUCUUUCAGUCUAAAUGCGUGACCUUGUGUCCUAUUUAUAAAUAGAUUUCCAGAAAAUGGUUUGUAUUGGGCCCCAAAUAUAUUUGUAUAACGUUAUCAUAUCCCCUCUAAUGUGCCGUUUUUAUAAACUAAAGUGAUGUAAAUUUGUUAACAUCUCCUUAUAACUAAAAUGCUCCAUUCCUUUUUAUCAAUUUUUUUUUUCACUGCACUUAUUGCCAUAAUAUCCUUUUUUAGAACAGGUGAACACAAUUUCAAAGCAUAUUGAAGGUGUGGUCUUCAUUAACUUACACACCCAUCUCUGUUUUCAGUUGACCUACACUUUCAUUUUUUAAUAGUUUUUUUUUCGAAUUCAUGCACUAAAAAAUAAUUGGAGGUUGGUUUUGCUUUGGCUAUCAAUUUCUCAUUUUCUACUAUGGCCAUUCCAAUUGCCCUUUUGCAUGCAUUAUUGGGUCCCUUACAUCUUGUAUAGCAUUCCUCUAAUUACCGUAUAUACUCGAGUAUAAGCCGACCCGAAUAUAAGCCGAGGCCCCUAAUUUUACCCCAAAAAACUGGGAAAACGUACUGACUCGAGUAUAAGACUAGGGUGGGAAAUGCAGCAGCUACUGGUAAAUUUCUAAAUAAAAUUAGAUCCUAAAAAAAUUAUAUUAAUUGAAUAUUUAUUUACAGUGUGUGUAUAUGAUGAAUGCAGUGUGUGUAUAUGAUGAAUGCAGUGUGUGUAUAUGAUGAAUGCAGCGUGUGUGUAUGAGUGCAGCGUGUGUGUAUGAGUGCAGCGUGUGUGCAUGAGUGCAGCGUGUGUGCAUGAGUGCAGCGUGUGUGUAUGAGUGCAGCGUGUGUGUAUGAGUGCAGCGUGUGUGUAUGAGUGCAGCGUGUGUGUAUGAGUGCAGCGUGUGUGUAUGAGUGCAGCGUGUGUGCAUGAGUGCAGUGUUUGUGUAUGAGUGCACUGUGUGUGCAUAAAUGCAGUGUGUGUAUGAGUGUGCAGUGAGUGUAUAAAUGCAGUGUGUGUGUGUGUGUGAUGCAGUGUGUUUGUGUUGCAGAGCCUUGGUGGGGGGGUGGGCAUUUUUAUUAAAAAAAAAUUAUUAUUUUAAUUUUUUUUUUGUUAUAUUAUUUUUUUUUCAUUAUUUUUUUAUUAUUUUUAUUAUUUAUAUAUUAUAAAUUUAUUUAUUAUUAUUUAUAUGUAUAUAUUAUCAAUUUAUUUAUUUUGUUGUCCCCCCUCCCUGCUUGAUACAUGGCAGGGAGGGGGGCUCUCCUUCCCUGGUGGUCCAGUGGCAUUGGCAGUUCAGUGGGGAGAGGAGGGGUCUGGCAGAGCUGUUACUUACCUCUCCUGCAGCUCCUGUCAGCUCUCUCCUCCUCCGCGCCGGUCCGUGCAGCUCUUCUCUCAGCUCACACUGUAAGUCUCGCGAGAGCCGCUCUAUGACCCCGCGGCUCUCGCGAGACUUAGUGUGAGCUGACCGAGGUGCUGACCGGACCGGCGCGGAGGAGGAGGGAGCUGACAGGAGCUGCAGGAGAGGUAAGUAACAGCUCUGCCAGCCCCCAGUCUGUAUUAUGGCAAUGUAAAUUGCCAUAAUACAGACUGACUCGAGUAUAAGCAGAGUUGGGGUUUUUCAGCACAAAAAAUGUGCCGAAAAACUCUGCUUAUACUCGAGUAUAUACGGUAGUCUGAUUUAGAUGUUUUAAGUAAUAGCAACACAGUAUUUAACCAGGAAAGCUACAUUCAGAUUACUCUGGUUUCCAAGUACAUCCUGGGGAUGUUACUUUGCCCUUUUCCUAUUAUUAAAGGACCACUAUAGACACCCAGACCACUUCAGCUUAAUGAAGUGGUCUGGGUGCCAGAUCCACCUAGGGUUAACCCUGCCUGCUGUAAACCUAGCAGUUUCAGAGAAACUGCUAUGUUUACUUUAGGGUUAAUCCAGCCUCUAGUGGCUGUCUCAUUGACAGCCGCUAGAGGCGCUUCCAUGCUUCUUACUGUGAUUUUCACAAAAGUAGACACUCCAGGGUAUCUCAUAAGGUGCAUAUGGUGUCAUAACAUGCCCCCAUUUUUUUCACCAAUAUAUACUAAAGUAUGUGAUAAAAAAUAAUUUUGCGUGUUUUUUUACACAUGGAUUGCAUUUUUGCUGGGCAUUUUGUAUAUUUCAUAUGUGCCACUAAGUUCAAACCCCCCAAAUUAUGCUCAGCUAAGUUUUCUGAGUAAAAAGACACCCCCAAUGAAUGUCUUUGGCACUAUUUCGUGAAGCUACAGUGCCAUAAAGGAGACCAAACCAUAUCAGUUUUUACUGAACUUUGAAUUUUGACGCUGGGCCUAUGUGCAAUUUCCAAGCAUCUUAGCAGGGUUUUAAAUUCAAACUACCCCACAAAGGCCUACCAUUUCUUAAAGUAGACACACCAGGGUAUUUCAAAAGGUAUAUUUUGAACCUUAGCGUGGGAUCAUUUUUCCGCUAGCUUGUACCAAGUGUAGUGGUAAUACGUUUUUUCUGCCUUUUUGACACACAAAGUGAGUUUGCACAGUAUAUUUUGCAAACCUUAUGUGUGUUAUGACUGUAUAAUACUUCAUAUGUUGCUCAGCUAUGUCGUCUGAGUACAGCAAUACCACCGUAUGUACCUUUGCCAGGUAUAUGUGGAUGUUAUAGGGGCGCAUUUGAGACUCAGCCAUUCAGUUUUUUUUCUAACUUUGAAGUUUUACGCUGUGUCCAUGUUCCAAUUUGGAGUAGUUUAGACGGUUGGUUAUUGAAACUUCCCCACAAACACAUACUAUUUAUUAAAGAAUACACCCUGGGGUAAUUCAAAAGGCAUAUUUUGAACCCUGGCGUGGGAUAAUUUUUUCUCUAGUUUGUUCCAGGUGUAGUGGUAAUGUAUUUUUUUACUUUUAAAAACUAUUUUUGAAACUUUUGUUUUGCUUAUAAAUUUUUUUAAACUUUUUUACAGAUUUAACAUUUUACCGUUUUUUACCGUUAACCCCUAACUAGCAGUAAGGCACUAACAGUAAAUUCCCCAUUUCCCCAUAACUCCCACCCACCCCAGCUAGUAAAAUAUAUAAUUUAUAAAAUAUUUAAAUUAAUCAAAUAAAUUGAACCCCUGAGGGUUAAAAAAUAAAUAAAAGUUAAUCCUCAGGGGUGAAAAAAAUGAGAUCACAGUAUAAUACUGUGAUCUGUAUUUUGAUCACUGUAGGCAGUGAUCGACUGGCAGGGAAGGGGUUAAUUUUUAUUUGGACUGGGUAAAGGGGGUUUUGUUUUUUUUAAACGUUAUUAAAACUUUUUUUAGCUUAAUUUGUAACUUUUAAAGCUUAUUUUAAAACUUUUUUUUAACGUUAACCCCUAGUUAGCCUAACACCAAAUCCCCAAUUCCCCACUAACUUACCCACCCCAGCUAGCUAAAUAUAUAAUUUUAAAAUAUUUAAAUUAAUUAAAUAAAUUUAACCCCUGAGGGUAAAAAAAAAAAAAAAAAAAAAAAUUAACUCUGAGGGGUUAAAAAAUAAAAAUCAGAUGACAAUAAAAUGUAAUCCCUGCCAAUUGAUCACUGUAGUCGGUGAUCAAUUGGCAGGGAAGGGGUUAAUUUUUUUUAUUAAAAUGGGUAAAGGGGGAUGGGAUUUUAAAUUAACUUUAUUUUAUUUUUUUUACACAGGGGGCAGGAUCAUCACUGUUCCGGCACAUGUGCUCAGUAUACUUACCUUCCGCCUCCCUGCACUUACUGGUUCUGUGUGAAGUGCAGGGAGGCGGAAGGUAAGUAUACUGAGCACAUGUGCUCGCUCUGACAGGCUGGGGCAGCACUAUCGGGUGCUCCCGGUCUGCCUCUAAUACAGAGGCAGACCGGAGCACUAUCAACCCUGCGAUAGUCCGUCACUCGUCGUUAAGGGGUUAAUCUCUGUUUACUUUCCCACUAAACAACAUUGGUAUUAUUAUUAUUAUAUAUAUUUUUAAUAUUUAUUACCUAAUGGUACAUACUCGUAAAAGUACCUUUCUAAUAUUUCUUUGAAUAUAUUCCAUUUAUCCUCUGUUUUUUUUUUUUUUUUUCACUAAACGGUUUGCCAGUCAAUAUGUUGUAAAGAUGCACUUUCCUAUUGAAGUUGGCCUUUUAAAAAUUAGAUGUUUUAGUAUACGCCAUGUGCUUUUGCUUUUUUGAGUUUAUUUCAAAGACACAAAAUUGUGAUCACCAUUUUGCAAAUGCUCCCCGACUUUAAUGUAGUCAAAAUAUCAACAUUGUUUGUUAUAACCAGAUCCAGACAAGCAUCCUUUCUAGUUGAUGCUUGUACUAGUUGUGACAUGAAGGUGUCAUUUACAACAUUCAAAAGCCUGAUUCCCCUUGCUGAACUAAUAGUCCCUCUAUCCCAGUUUAUGUCCGGGUAAUUAAAAUCUCCAAUAAUUAAAUUGUCACCCAGAUGUGCAGCUUUCCCAAUUGUCUCUAAAAGCCGUUCUUCCUCCUCAAUAUUAACAUUGGGUGGUUUAUAACAUAUUCCAACCAAUAAAUAAUAUUCCCAAGCCGUUAUCUACCCAUAAAGCUCUACAUGUCCUCGUCACAUUCCACUUGCUUAAGAUUUGGCUUUAAUGUAUGGUUGGCAUACAAACAUUUCCCACUACCUUUCCUGUUUUCUCUAACUUUCCUAAAUAAUGCAUAAUCAUUUAAGUUACCUACCCAGUCAUGUGUCUCAUCCCACUAUGUUUCUGUUAUGCAUGUUAUGUAAAAUUACUUUUUGUUAUUUUGUCUCUGCGUGAGUAAGCAUACAUUUAAUACUCUCAUUAGUAGCUUGUGCUUUAUGUGAAUUUUAUUACUAUUACAUACCUCCUCUGUUCUGAUUUUACCCCUCCCCUCAUCUCCUCCCUCCUUGUGCUGAUCUGUAGCCCAUCUUCUUUCUGUCCUAUCUCUAUUUUGUAGAUUACGAUGUCCCUCUCCCCCCCCUUACAACUAGUUUAACAUUUCGUCCAGCUUUCUAGCCAUCCUGUUCCCAGCACUGCAGACUCUCUUACGUUUAGGUGCAGUUCAUUACGGCUAUAACGAUUGUACCCAAGCACAAAAUCAGGCCCAGUGCUCUAAAAAGCAAAAACCCUCCUUCCUACACCAAGACUUUAUUGACCUCUCUAAUCUCCUGCUGCCUUACACUGUAGUGCGUGGCACAGGUAAUAUUUCUGGAAAUACUACCUUGGAGGUCCUCUUCUUAAGUUUACUUCCUAAUUCUCUGAACAUAUUCUUUAGGACUAUUUUCUCUGACUUUGCCAUUGGUACCAAUGUGGACCAUGACAGCUGGAUUAUCUCCAGCCCCUCCCAAUAAUCCAUCCACGCUGUCCAUUUUCUUUAUUCCUACUGAAUAGAUAAAGGGAAAAAUAGAAAAGAUAGAAAAAAGAAUAAUAAAUUGAUGUACACACUAAUUCCUAUGUGUAAUACCCCAUGUUAAUCACAAGGGGUCACAACUAAAACAACUCCAACAUACAACCUAUGUGCUAGUGGCUGAAAACAUGAAAGUAUAGCACACAGGUAAAAUACCCACAGUUAAACUCUGGAGGUUCAAGUGCCCUGAUUGUAUAAGUAACUAUAGAGGGUAUGUAACACCAAAUGAAAUAGGGGCUUUUGACCAUGCCUGGGAAGGGCUGUUCCCUGAACUAGCCCUGGCAAACAAGCGGAGUACAGCACAAUAUCAGUACUUAUUUGUCCACCUUCAAGGACAUUGGAAAAGUAUAUUACACAUACAAGUGAAAGGAAAUAAAGUAAAAUACGCAAUUGAAACAGUUACCGAUCCCUCUACCUACUGGCAACAAUACAUCUUGGAGUCUCCCCAACCUGCCCACCGGUGAGGGAUAUCCCAGUAAUCAUUACCUGUGCUCCUGGGACAGCAUUCCAGCAAUACCCUCUCAGCUGCAGCCCUCCUGCCUCCUACACAAUGGCAGACUCCACGUGUGAAAUCACACCACGAGACCUAAAAACCCACAAUUCUGGAAAAAACAGACAGAUCUUUUGGUCUAAGCAUGCCUGUCGCCUGGAAGCUUUUGUGGAGAUCCGGAUGGCACGUACCGUGCCUCCGUCAACUCUGCACCUCUGACUUGUGAUGGCGGUACCCACGAGAUGACUCCUAAUUUAAUUACACCAAAGCGAUGUAAGUUGCUGUAACCGCACUGCGAGUUGUGGACCGACGUCCUGUCUGCCAUUGUUGUGGAGUGCCAAGUCCCAUUGUACACAGAGAGUCAGUAACAAGCUUCAUGAAGAGACCACUACAGUCACCUCAUAACCGCUUCUCAUGCUUCUUUUGGCCGGGCACCUACUCACCAAGUGAGCGUGUAGUCCCCUGGCGAGCCACCUCCAUGCCGGACAGUGAUGUAUACCCUGUGGGCAUAGGCAUGUGUUCAGUUCAUAUUUUAGUUUAAUUCUUACAAGCUUAUACCAUGCUAUACGAUUCCUUCUUUAUGAAGUUAUAAGCAGCUGACUUAUUUUUGCAACCUAUAAUUUAAAAAUAGUGCAGUAAUCUUGACAUGUAUUGCUAAACUUCUUUAACAAUCCAUACUGUUAAAAUGUGACAUGUCUAUGCAUAUCUGAGAUGUUGAAAAUGCACUAUAAAAAUAAAGAAUUAAAAAACAAACAAACAAACAAAAGUUACAUUGUCUACAGUGUCCCUUUAAGAUUAUUUUAAAAAUUUCUUCAGCUGAAUGGCAGCAGACUCUCUCUUAUAAGAAGGAAGUGCAAAUAAACAAAAUAACCCACUUUGCCAUUAGUAAAGAAAUUAACAUACUUCACAUAGCAAAUGUUUGGGUGAAAAAGGCAAUUUUGAAUAAAAACAUUUUGGAACUUAAAUAGACCAUCUCCGAUUUUAAUUGUGUGUGUGAUGAGGAACAUUAUAUGAAACACAUAUUACUGCAGCACCUCCCAAGUAAUACACCCUUUAUAGAAAUGUAAUAUAAAUCAAAGAGAAUGGGAUUGCACAAGUGUACCAUUGGCUUGUUCUUUUUUGAUUGGGUAGCGCCAAUUUAAAAGCUUAUUAUUUUAUUUUUUUGUGUGUUUUUUAUUUGCUUACUAGAUUUGUGACAAUGUGUAGACUGUUUGUAAAUUCUGCAGGGGGUCCCUUUCAGGUUGUAUAUCAUUUCUUGUCCUUAUUUGCAACUGUUACACUUUUUUGAGCAGUAUAUUUACAGCAGAAUUUUGAUUGUCUUUAAGCUUUGGUUUUAUUGAAUCUGUCACAACAACUGUAGUGAGUACUCUAAUCGCUUUUUUUAAUCUGCAAAAAUAUCUUUGCAGAAUCUGACAAGCUGUAACUGUAGUAUUUCUUUUUCUACACAGGCUCAAAAUCUUACUCCACAAGACUAUAGCCUUCGGUGGUCUGGUCUCUCGGUGACUGUCGGAGAGGUGCUGGAGAGAAAUUUGCCCCAUGUCAGCCGGACUGAUUGGCAUGUGGCAUUUACAGGCAUGUCCAGAAGACAGAUGAUCUACAGCGCAACCAAAGCCCUUGCUGGCAUGUACAAGCACCGCCUGCCACCGAGAGUCCUUUGAAAACACCCACCAGGACAUUAAAUAUUUUCACAUUUCAGUUUUCUAGCAUUGAAAGUAGACCAAACACUUAAGAAAAAAAAGAACGUAGAUUGCUUGUUUUUUGUUUUUUUUUUUAACAGAAAAGAAUGUUGGUAAAAAGAAAAUAAAUGUCUGCCGGGAAAAUAUCAGUCUUGUUGUACAAUCAAAGAAGAUCUGUUUAAUAUAUGUACAACACGUAAAAGCUCAGCUCUGCUUCACAUCAUAUAAUAAUGUGAGCUUGUAUUCUACAGUGACUUGGCAUUUCCUAUAAUAAGAUAUAUGCAGCAUACUCUACCUGUAUAUUUUUAGGUAGGUGUAUCAACAGUCAAUCAAGAGGGGAAAAUCUUUGGAAAUCCAAAAUGGAUACUUGUUGAUACUUUUUGUAUCCAUGUUACAGUGUGUUUGUCCAUAAAUUUCAUAGCUGUAAGUCUUCAUGCUAAAUAUAUACCUGCUUCUUGUGAUUGUAAUGAACCAAACAUUUUUCAAACUAGUGACACCACUUCUGCUUCCAUAUGCCAGUCUUCAAUUGCACUAUGGCAAAUGGUAACCCUGGUGUUAAAUGAUGCAUUGACUUGGCUUAAUGUAUUUCACAGCUCUCUUACAGUUCAUUCCAGUCUUGGGGGAUUGCUAUUGUACAGCUCAUGAUCUCAGGUCUGGUGCUGCAUGUAUCAGAAUGUAUGAUUAUAUGAAGACACUACUUGCAUUGCUGCAGUAAACAGGAAGCCUGUGUGGAAUUACAUCUCCUGAGAAGCCAGAGAACAAGCAAAGUUCCAUAUUCUUGUUUUUUUUUUCAUUUUUUUUUUUUUUCUUUCAGAUGAGAUGCAAAAAUUUAAUUUGCAGACUUUAUGAAGUCACAGCAAGCCAUAUGGACCUAAGUCCUGAAUACGAAUAGAGGACAACGGUUUGUAAACCUAGGUCUUUUUGUAAAAGACAUUACGACCUUUUGACUUCCAGAGCUUCGUGUCCUGGUACCUAAAGGGUUAAACAUUACCAGCACAAAUGUUGAGGUUUUACUUCACGUAUCUAUUCCACCUACAGUUUUUAGUAUUUGUUCCUCCAAAUUUCAAAUAGUUAUAAGCUGAUUAAUUUAUUGUUAAUGGAAUGGCAUCUAUAAUGGCUCCCAUCCUCUCUUUAACCAAAUUAAUGUCAUGUUUAUUGCUGUCUGUAUUUGCCACUAUAUAUUUGUAGUUAGAUAACCUCUGUAUUUGUUAUAAUCUGUUUUAUAUAACACAAUCCUUUAACAGAUUGCAAAAAGUCCUAUAAUACUGGAAUACUGCACUAAUAAACGAGGUAAAUGUAACACACUUUGCCUUAAAUGCUAUAUCAUAUUGCUGUCUAUUCUCUAUAUGCUUUAUAACCUUGGAAAAAAAAAUUGGAACUUUUUGUACCCAAAUACAAAUUUCCUAAUAUAUUUUGCCUGGAGUGGCAAGACAAGUGGACCUGAGUUAAUAAAUGUUUU